AUGCACCUCUACUUGCUGGCGGCCAGACUUCAAACCGCGGCCACCUGCCUCAUCACGACCAAACAAGCCGCCAUCAACGACCGCUGCAGCCUCAUUCCGGCCGCCAACGGCCCGUGGACGCUCGUGACCAAACUCGACGCCAACACGACCAACGUCCAUGGCUGCUUGGACGUCGGCCCGGCCCUCGAACGCCACAAGCGGCUGCUCGCGACGACGCUCGUGCCGUUCACCAACAAGACGACGCUUGUGGCCGCGAACUCGCUCGGCUGCAGCUUUGGUGCCGUGUACCCGGCGCCCUCUAAGAUCGCAAUGUGGUUCGACAGUCAUGCGUUUGCGACGCCCCAAGGUCCUCUUCCGAGCGGCGCCGAGUGCCCGAACGGCGCGUGGCUCGUCAAGCUCGAGAACGGCACGAUUGUCCAGUCGACACGCUCUCAGUGGCUCCUCGCCGUGCCCAACACAACCGUUGUGCUUUGUGCUGUUGCGUUGUAG